GCUGCUUUGGGGGAAGCAGGGGCCUGGACGCGUGGGAGAGGAAGUUUUCAAACCCACUCAUCAGUAGACAGAAGUGAUGCGCGUUCAUUUUAAAUAAAACCUGAGCUGAAGUGCAUAAAGGCAGAUAAAUAUCCUGUUGGUAAAACUGUUUGCAGCCGUGCGUAAAACUCCACUUUUUGGGAUAAUGUGGCGAAGCUGCGUUUUGGUGCUUGUGGGCGCGGUGGUCGUGAGCGCUCAGUUCCCCAGAGAGUGUGUGACACCCGAGGGGCUCAGGAGUGGACAGUGCUGCCCGUCACCCACCGGACUCGACAACGACCCGUGUGGCUCCACCACUGGCCGCGGACAGUGCGUGUCCAUCACGGCUGACGCGCGGCCGCACGGGCCCCAGUACCCCCACGACGGCCGGGAUGAUCGGGAGCGUUGGCCCAUCCGUUACUUCAACCGCACUUGUCAGUGUAAUGGGAACUUCAGCGGCUUUAACUGCGGCCGCUGCAGACACGGAUGGACUGGAGCGAACUGUGACCAGCGGGUUUCUGUCGUGAGGAGGAACGUGAUGCAGCUCAGCGCGGACCAGAAGCGUGCGUUCGUGAACGCGCUGGACCAGGCCAAGCGCACUGUGCACCCGGACCUGGUGAUCGCCACGCGGCGCUACACGGAGAUCCUCGGCCCCGACGGGAACACUGUGCAGUUCGAGAACAUCACCAUCUACAACUACUUCGUUUGGACCCACUACUACUCCGUCAGCAAGACGUUCCUGGGCGCGGGACAGGCGAGUUUCGGGGGAGUGGACUUCUCACACGAGGGUCCCGGAUUCGUCACUUGGCACAGGUACCACCUGCUGCAGCUGGAGAGGGACAUGCAGGAUAUGCUCCAGGACCCCUCCUUCGCCCUGCCCUACUGGAACUUUGCCAUCGGUGGAAGCACGUGUGACAUCUGCACAGAUGACCUGAUGGGAGCCAGGAGCAGUUUUGACAUGAAUUCCCUGAGCCCCAACUCCAUCUUCGCCCAGUGGAGGGUCAUCUGCGAGAGCGUGGAGGACUAUGACACACUGGGAACCAUCUGCAACAACACAGAGACAUCUCCCAUCAGAAGGAAUCCAGCAGGAAACGUCAACAGGCCGAUGGUCCAGCGUCUCCCGGAGCCCCAGGAUGUAGCGGACUGUCUGCAGGUUAACACUUUCGACACUCCGCCAUACUACUCCACCUCCUCUGAAAGUUUCAGAAACACAGUUGAAGGCUACAGCGCCCCCCAGGGGAACUAUGACCCUGUGGUUCGGAGUCUCCACAACCUGGCACAUCUCUUCCUGAACGGCACAGGGGGACAGACCCACCUCUCGCCCAACGACCCCAUCUUCGUGCUGCUCCACACCUACACUGACGCCAUCUUUGAUGAAUGGUUGAGGAGACAGAGUCCAGGUUCAGCAACGUAUCCUGAGGAAAACGCCCCCAUUGGCCACAACAGGGGCUACAACAUGGUGCCUUUCUGGCCUCCAGUGACGAACGCAGAGAUGUUUGUGAUGGCCCCUGAAAAUCUGGGUUACUCGUACGAAGCUGAAUGGCCAGGUCAACCUUUCACUCUGACGGAAAUCAUCACCAUGGCAAUAGUCGCCGCACUCGUGGUGGUUGCGGUCAUAUUCGCUGCCACCACGUGUGCCGUGCGAGCCCGGUCCUACAGGAUGGAGGGCCACCAGCCUCUGCUCAGCGAUCAGUACCAGCGCUACGACGAUGACAAAAGCCAGUCUGUAGUUUAAGAUGCGUGUUUGAACACAAGCUUCACCUUUGUGCCUCUUCUCUUUACUUAUGCAGUUUGUUUGUUUUACCUGAAUCUCACCGGAGAAAGUGUAGAUUCUUAAAAAUCCUAUUUAUGCUGCACUAAUAUUUCUACAUCAAAAACUGGAAUAGUUCAUUUUUCUCUAAAAAAAACUCCAGAAUAGAGCAGAUGCAAAUAUUUUACUUUUCCAUGUGCACAAAAGUUGUCUCGUUGCAAGUUGGAGAUUUCUGGUAAGUUUGAGAAUGUGUUUCAAUUUAAAGGUGAUCAAGUGUAAAGAAUGCUGAUUCUGGGAAGUGAUCCACAAUUUUCUGUAACUUAUUAACUUUUUUUUUAACACUUUUUACGUAAUGGAAAGCUUAAUGUUAGUGGAAUACACUGCUGAAUAAUUAAACACCUACAACUUGUCUGCAGCCUUCACACUAAUCUGUUUAUCUGACUGCAAUCACAGGAGUUUGGUUUAGUUCAGCUACAUUUCAGGUGAUGUCAGAAAUGUGUUUGCUCAUGUAGUAGAGCUUCAGUGCCCACAAGGGGGUGCUAUGGUUAAAUAUCUGAAACUGCUUGUACACUGAUUAUUAAGAGAGAUGAACUUGUUUGUUUGUGUUUUUAUGUUGUAUUAAGAAAUUGAUCCACAUGAUGCAAAUGUUGUUUGUAACGAAUGAAGAUAUAAAGAGUAAAUUAUUAAAGCAGGGGGUCAUUAUUGAGAGGAAA